AUGUUGAGUAUCGUUUUCCUCCCAGAGGAUGUUCUUCUGGAGAUUUUGUUUUUGGUUCCACCUCUGGACUUGAUCCUUCGCUGCCGGCUGGUCUGUAGGCAGUGGAGGGACGUCAUUGACUCCUCGACUCUGUGGAAGAUGAUAUGUCAUAGGAUGGGACUCAUCCCCAAAGACUGGAAACAACAGCCAAAAGACUGGAAGAAGUAUUACUAUCUCUGCAGCCACAGACGUAAUUUACUGAAAAAUACUUGUGCAAAAGAAGGGUUCAAGUUCUGGAAGUUAGAGAGAAAUGGGGGUGAUAACUGGAAGGUAGAGGUUCUGCCGGGCCAACAUGGACAAUGGCUUCCAGAUGACACAAUCACCAAGUACUUUGUAACAUCAUAUGAGAUAUGUCUGAAGUCUCAGCUUAUAGACCUCAGGAAGAUGGGAUAUAGUAAGGAAUUGAUGGACCGGGACCAGCCAGAUAUCGUCAUCAGAGAUUGGUUUGCAGCUAGGGCAGAUUGUGGCUGCGAGUACAAAAUAGAGGUGCAUCUGUUGUCUAAAGACAAGAAGGUUCUCUGUGAAUUUUCCCCGGAACCGGUAGUUAUACCGCAGUGGAGCGAUGCCCUGUGGCAAGAGAUAACCACCCACACAUUUCGGGACUACGGACCAGGAGUGCGCUAUAUAUACUUCAGUCACGGCGGGAAGGACACGCAGUGGUGGGCUGGCUGGUACGGGGUGCGUGUCACCAAUACCAGUGUCACCAUAGAACCAGAGGACCUGAGAGUGCAGUCUGUGACACCCCACACACUCCAGUACUGUAUAGAUUAA